UCUAGGAACAGCUCCUUUCAAGUCAUGUGUCUUUUUGCUGCGGUGGAGAAGAGGUGCUCCGUUGAACGCUAUGUACAAAGGAACACCUACAUUUUAUGCGGAGUGGAGUCAACUUAAAUAKACAUACAUUUUAUUAUCCAAAUUCAAUUUUGAAUAACUGCGGAUUAUUCUAAAUGUUCUGUGUGUGAGCUGCUUCUUCAGUGAUCAUUGCAUCAUGUUACCAGUCUAAUUUAGGGGUGCCAGAUUCGUCAGGAUGGCAAUGCCGAAGAAAGUUUCAAUUGAAAGACAUCAGUAUUCUCCAAGAUGAUUUCUUACCAUUUAUUCACUCAGUAACUGGUUGAUUAGUGUACAUUUCAUAGGUGUUGCAUGGACUAACUAUAUUAUUGUCACCAGCAGAACACCAAAAAAAUGGAUCCCUUGUUCACCACAACUGAUUUACAAUUGCCAAGCAAUUGGACCAACUCUUCAGGGGUCAAUGGAACUGAUCAGGACUGGAACCAGUUUGUGCAACCCGUUUGGAGAAUUGUGCUAUGGGCAUUCGCCUACAGUUGCAUGGUUACUGUGUCUCUGGUGGGGAACGUCGUAGUAAUUUGGAUCAUUAUGGCGCAUAAACGAAUGCGAACUGUGACCAACUAUUUUCUGUUGAACCUCGCGUUUGCUGAAGCGUCUAUGUCUGCCUUCAACACCGUUAUCAACUUCAUCUAUUCCGUGCACAACGAGUGGUACUUCGGGCUGAUGUACUGUCGCUUUCACAACUUCUUCCCCGUCGCUGCUGUCUUCGCUAGUAUAUACUCUAUGACUGCGAUAGCGGUGGACAGGUACACUGCCAUCAUCCACCCCCUGCAGCAACGCAUGUCAUCCACAGAGACCAAGGUGAUCGUGGGGGUGAUCUGGGUGCUGGCUCUGCCUUCUGGCCUUCCCUCAUACUACUACUCAAUGACCGAGGAGCUCCCUGGACGAAUCAUCUGUACAAUCGAGUGGCCCAAAUACACCGGCUGCGACUACAAGAUUCUGUACUACGUAUGUGUGACUGUGCUGAUCUACUUCCUGCCUCUGCUGGUGAUGGGCUGUGCCUACCUAGUGGUGGGCCUCACCCUCUGGGCCAGUAACAUACCUGGAGACUCCUCUGACCGCUACAAGGAGCAGCUCACUGCCAAACGCAAGGUGGUGAAGAUGAUGAUCGUGGUGGUGUGUACGUUUUCUUUCUGCUGGCUGCCCUACCACGUGUACUUCCUGCUCCACCUGUUCUUCCCCCUCCUGUUUGAGACGCUCUACAUCCAACAGGUGUACCUGGCUGUCAUGUGGCUGGCCAUGAGCUCCACCAUGUACAACCCUAUCAUCUACUGCUGUCUCAACGAUAGGUAG